AUGAAGGCCUUCGUUGCAGGGUCGUCGCUGCUGGCAAGUGGUGUUGCGGCACUCACCACUUCGCCCAGCGUGGGAGACGAUAUUGCGCCAACAGCGGUUCCGGUGCUCCCAGCAAUCACUGAACAGCCGGUGCCGAGGGGACUAUGGCAGCCAGCAACGGUGACGGUCACAGUCUCAGUCGGAGUGACCAUUGGGAUCGGCGAGGGCGAGAUACAUACAAUCACAAAUACCGUCACUGAUACUAUCACGGACACCAUCACGGACACUCAAACGCUCACCCAGACUGUGACUCAGGCUGGAAGCAUUAAGACAGAGACUAUCACGAGUACUGUCACCAACACUGCUAUUCGCACGAUCACAGAAGGCGGGAGUGCCACGAUUACAGAGACCGUGACCAAGACUGUCAGUGGCUCGACGGGCCCAACGGUGACAGAGACGGUGAGCAUUCCGGCAACAACCGUCACGAACACCGCGUCAACGACCAUUACGGCCAGUCCGACAACAAGAACGAUCACAGAUACUUCGACAAUCACAGUUUCCGCCGGGGGUUCGACGGUUACAGUCUCCGGAUCAACAGUGACUGCCCCAGGAUCGACAAUUACUGAGCCGGGAUCAACGAUAACUAUCACAAGAACGGCGAUAUCUAGCGACACAGUCAUAUCAACUGAGACGUUGCCAGGGUCUGUUACGACAGUCCCAGCGUCAACAAUCACGACGAUUUUCACAGUGCCUGCGAGCACUGUAACAGUACCAGGGGGCACUAGUGUAAUUCCAGGAUCGACGACGACGAGCGUCAUCACACAGCCCGCCAGCACAAUCACCGUUGCCGGCCCGGGAGAAACUCAGACAGUGCCGGUCACGGUUACUCAUACAGUGUCCAGUCCCGGGAGUACGAAAACUCAAACUGGGAGCACGGUCACCACCACUGUGUCGACUUGCGCGAGUUUGGUCUUGAACCCAACCUACACGCCCAGCUCUGUAUUACCAAGUGACUAUACAUGGGGCUGCCCACCAGGCUUCCUUUGUCAACCACCCCACACGGGUGACCGAUCUGGCUGCAAUGUCGAAGCAGGCCUUCCUGCCGAUGGGUACGUGUGUGAUCCGUCAGAGUGUAUCCCGGCCCCGCCAGUGGUCUUCAACGAGUCAUGGGCCUCGGAUACUACGGGUCAACACUUCAACUUUUCCCGGGAUUAUUACAACCUAGACCCCGAGGACUUCGGACUACAGUAUGAUAUCUUCCUCACCGCAAAGGAGCACAAUGCAACCAAUAGCAAGCGGGACCUUUUCCUGCUUGAAGGCGGUGGUUCGGCCCCCUGGGACCUUGUCGUCGAUCGGAUGGCCAAACGGGAUCUUUCAGAUAUUCCGGGUGUCUGCUGGAAUGAUUGCAAUGAUGCCGCCAUCGAGCAGCAGUCGAUCGGCAAAAAGCCAGAGCUCUGUGAAGAAGAUUCGGUGUAUCUGAUGGAUAUCGGGAACUGCAAGACCUGCAUCAGCAAUUGGGCAAGCUCCCCGUCGGACCCAUACUCAUCCAGCUUGCUUCCCACGUUUACUCAGUUUUUGGCUUAUUGUUCUGACCUGAGUACCACGGCGACUGCUAGUACAACAACGGAUACCAGCUCCGCAACGACAACUGAUGUCUCGACGACGGGGACAACGACAGCGGUGAGCUCGACAACAGAUAGUUCGGCGACCACAGCUGCCAGCACAACCAUGGAAACCAGUUCUGUAGGAACGACAACCGAUGUCACAUCGAGUGGUGAAAUCACGCGAUCGACCUCCAACCACCAGAGCAGCGACGCAAGCACGGAUACCGGCUCUGUGACGGAGAUCACCGCUUACACCACCAUCACUGGCAUGACAAACAUCGCGGGCUCCACGACUAUUAUUGGAUCCACAACGAUCACGGGAUCAGCCACCAUGACUGGCUCAAUCACGAUCAUUGGCUCGCACACUAUUGGUGAUUCAUCAACGGGAAGCAGAUCGACAUCGGCAGCUCCAUCAUCCCGGGGAAGUACUGCCCUGGCCGGAGUGUCAACGGUUAUCGAAUGCAGAACCACGAUCCUGGGACCGGCCCAUGACAAAGAGCCAACGACGACGGAGAUGGCGACGGCGACAGGCGAACAGUCUCGUACCGAAUCUUCAACGCCGGUGGAAAGCUCCGGUGGGGAGGCCACGGCGCCCGCAUCGGCGACUUCCUUCAAUGCGGGCAAUUCAGGUAGACGGAUCUCAUACGGAAGCCUAACAGGGGGCCUUUUGGGAUUGAUACUCCCAUUACUAUGA